AUGCGUCGUGAUAAACUUCAAUUUCUGACCAAUCGUCAUUGGCGUAAAGUGGGUUCGCAACUGUAUGUUGAUUGUUUACGUAUUCCUGAACAUGUCGUAACCAAUCCAAAUAAUCCUAUUAAAAAGGCAGAAAACAUGUUCAAGUCCACCAGGUAUGAAGAUAACCUCAUGAAAGAAAUCGAAAUCGGAGUGACUACAGAAGAAGCUUAUUUAAUUGAACAACAAAAUGCUGAAAGGUUAAAAACUUUCCAUCCUCUUUUUGGAGAUCCGCGUUGCCAUCAGGAUUCUGAGCCAUCACUAAUCUUUUCUAAAACACGACGUUUUGAAAAGGGUGUGGAUCAAGCCAGUCUUUUGACAAAUACGGUUGUUACUUUCGAUGCUCCACCUACUCUGGACAAAAUUUUUCAGAAGAUAAGUCAGUUGAAUGAACAUGUGAAUUCUGACAACUCAGUUGCGGACUGGAGAUCUUCACUAUGCUUGGCUGUCGAACGAUCUAUUCUACAUGCGCAUAUUUGGCAAACCGACGAAGUAAAAUUACCUCGAAGAUUUUCUCCUGAUUUCCCUACUUGGAAACAUAAACCUGAGUAUGGAAUUCACCCAGAACAGAGUACUCGUUACUUAUUUCAGGAUUUAUUUCGUAUUUUGGAAUUCCAGGCGCCUUAUUAUAUGAAGUAUGCAGAACUAACUCCUAUUCACAACCAACUUUCCAAUAGUUUGCCUUUCCGAUGGACAACUCGAGAUCGUUUACUGGAGACAUACUAUUACUGGGGCUCAAAGAAACGUCGUAUCAACUUUUCGGAACAACAUGAUUUGGCAGUUUUCGGUCAGACACCUGCUCCUUUGUUCCUGUCUGAUAAUGAUACUAUUCACAAGUUAAGUGAAGCCUCUGUUAUGCCUACUGCAAACCUGGGUCCUAUGUCACCUUUGAUCGAUCUCACCAGCACUUUGUAUUACAGGGAAGAUAGUACUAAUGGAUGGCUUGGCAAUCAAAGUCGUCGAUAUUCGUUUCCGCAUAUAUUCACAGUUAACUUCAGUUUACCUAAUGCUUGGUCAGACUAUUUGGAACCAGAAGCGGAUCCUGUUAUUCUGAACACCGAUAUGCGAUAG